AUGGCGAGCUCCGCUAUUUCUCGAAACAAAUCAGCUCCACAGAGAGCAUCCCCUCGGUCACUUGUCUAUAAUGUGUCUGACACGUGUCGACUUGUCAUCAAACCUUAUGGGGAUGUCACAAGAGAAACAUCCGAUGUACUCGUGUGUGUCGUGGGACCGGAAGUAGAUUUGAACAAAACGAAAGUAGGCCAGGCUUUCAACAGCGCAUGUCCCUUAUUGUGGACUGACCUACAAAAGGCUUACAUGUCGAAUUCCGGGGCCCAUGUUCUAACGGUUCAAAGUUCCCACGGGCUUAAUUGUUCAGCGAUAUGCCACGUUGUCUUAUCCAAAUACAACCCUUUAACAUCAGGAACACAACUUGCAUCAGCUGUAGAGGGCGUUCUAAACGAAACAAAACGACUUGGAGCCAAAUCUGUUUCUUUCCCGCCUUUAGGUUACAGUAAACUUUUUGGAUUCCCCGCCCCAAUCGUGGCCCAGUUGGUCCUUGAAAAACUCAAAUCUUCCGGCAAUGUCCGUGCUUUGAACAAGGUGGUUCUUCUGGCACCGAGUAUUGAUCUGUUUAAUGAACUGACGAAAAUGGCGCCACACGUUUUUAAUGUUGCCCCUGUACCACGGCGAGGAACUGUAGAGUUCCUGCAAUUUAUUCUUGCUAAAGACGAUUCUUAUCCCUCUAACUGGGAUUUAGCUAAACCUAUUGGCUUUUGGAAACGUUUGCAAAUGAAAUUUUCUAAAAAAACAAAUGAACUUGUAAACGUUGACGCAGCGACGAAAAAAGCUGUUACUAAUCUAGUGAAGAAUACCAUGGAGCCAAACUUGAUCGGUAUAGGGGCUGAUGCUGUGGGGUUAAGGUACAAUACAUUAGAAGUUGUUGACGUUCAGAGAGUUGAGAAUGCUGAACUGUUCCAAAAAUACAGAGCAAAAAGAAAACAAGUGCUUGAAAAAACUAUCGCCACCAGAAAAAUAUGUCGCGACAUUAAAAAAAUAGACGGGUCUAAAGGAAGAGUAGUGACAACAGAGGUACUUGAUAAAAUGUUAAAGAAAGAUUUGUGCUAUGAAAUUAACGAGCACUACCUGUUCCAUGGGGCUAAAUCUGAAAAUAUAGAUACGAUAGUAAAGUACGGAUUCGAUCCUAGGCUGUCGCAUGAUGGGGAUAUGUUUGGCAGUGGUGUCUACACAGCAGAAAAAGUAACGAAAUCGGACCAAUAUUCGGAUGAAAAGUUGAAUCGAGUGCCAAACGACACAGAGCUAAAGCUGAUCCUGACUCGAACAAUACUUGGUAAUGUGUUCUUGUGUGACAACAACCACAGGUCUGUCGCUAGCAAAGGUAAUUUUCAUAGUCUUUGA